AAGCAUACGGUGACCGAUAUCCAACACUUUCAGAAAUGGGAAAGCAGGUGGCCAUUGUAGGAGCUGGGAUUAGUGGCCUCCUUGCCUGCAAGUACACACUUUCAAAGGGAUUUCAACCUAUUGUGUUUGAAUCUACGAGCAGCAUUGGAGGAGUGUGGACCAAAACUAUUGAGUCUACCAAGCUCCAAACUCCUAAACCGCUUUACCAAUUCUCAGAUUUUCCAUGGCCAUCUUCAGUGGAAGAGGACUUUCCUAGCCAGCAUCAAGUUUUGGAUUACAUCCAAUCAUAUGCUCAACAUUUUGACUUGCUUAAGCACAUCAAAUUCGACACCAAAGUGUGUGGGAUUGAGUAUGAAGGUGCAUCUGAGGAUGAGAUGCAGGCUUGGAGUCACUGGGGUGGAACAGGAGAGCCUUUCAGCUCCAAAGGGAAAUGGAAAGUUGCAGUAGAAGACAAACAUAGCCGUUCAACGGAGGUUUACCUUGUGGACUUUGUGAUCCUCUGCAUCGGACGGUUUAGUGAUGUUCCAAACAUUCCUGAAUUCCCUUUCAACAAGGGGCCAGAAGCAUUUCAUGGGGAGGUUAUACACUCAAAGGAUUACGCCGCAAUGGAUUACGAAAGAGCGCGUAACUUCGUGAAAGGAAAGCGUGUAACAGUUGUUGGAUUUCAGAAAUCUGCACUGGACAUUGCAAUGGAGUGUUCGAACACAAAUGGGAUUGAGCAUCCAUGCACAGUAAUUUACAAGACAGAGCAUUGGACUCUUCCUGACUAUCUUCCAUGGGGUGUUCCCCUGACAUACCUAUACCUUAAUCGCUUCUCGGAGCUGUUGAUUCAUAAGCCUGGUGAAGGCAUCCUACUUGGUCUCCUUGCCACAAUUCUUUCACCUCUGAGAUGGGGAUUUUCAAAAUUUGUUGAAAGCUACGUAACUAAGAAGCUUGGGUUGGCCAAGUACGGAAUGGUACCUAGGCACAGUUUUCUUCAAGAAAUCAGUUCUUGUCUGAUCUCAACACUACCGGAAAAGUUCUACGAUCGAGUCCAAGAGGGAAGCAUCAUACUGAAAAAAUCCCCCGGCAGCUUCAGCUUUUGCCAGGAAGGCGUUUUGGUUGAAGGGGAAGUAUCCCCUGUGAAGACAGAUGUGGUGAUACUCGCUACUGGGUUUAGAGGUGAUAAAAAGCUCAAAGACAUCUUUGUGUCUCCUACCUUUCAGGAUUAUAUAGCUGGUUCGCCGGAGGCCAUAUUACCCCUCUACAGGGAAUGCAUACAUGGACGAAUUCCACAACUAGCCGUAAUUGGAUUUUCCGAGAGUCUUUCAAACUUGUACACCUCCGAAAUGAGAUGCAGGUGGGUAGCUGAGCUUCUUGGACGCACAUUUACGUUACCAAGCAUAAAAGAGAUGGAGAAAGAUGUGAACGAAUGGGACGGAUUCGCAAAGCGAUACGCGGGCAAAUACUAUCGGAGAUCAUGCAACGGUACCGUUCAUAUAUGGUACAAUGACCAGUUGUGCAAGGACAUGGAAUGGAACCCUAAAAGAAAGAAGGGACUAUUUGCUGAAUUAUUUGAGCCUUAUGGACCAUUGGAUUAUGCUCCAUCUUAAAAUGUUCAAUAGUGCGUUGACUUAAAAAAUAAAUCUACCUUUCCUUUCCUUUCAAAUACGUGUUAACUUAAAAGUUACAUCAGUUGUGCGUUACUAUGUAAUAAUAUUCGAGAAGAAUUAUUUUUGAUAUAUUUUCUUGAGAAAUGAUAGUCA